AUGGCGGGUGAUAGAAUGUUGGGGACGUUGCUGCGAGCAUUUCAGACCUCCACAGAGCAGCAAGACACCCCGAGGCUACUGGGAAGCGCUUCCACGCUGUUAACAACCCUGACCAAUCCGUUGAACGUCACGCUCCUAACCAGCCAGACUCUGUCUGCGCCGGCGGUCUGGGCGCAACCAGAAGGCCUUCGAACCAGCACGCGCACCCUCAGUGUCUUCCAUUCCGCUGCUCAAGCGCUCCUCAGGCACGAGGACGCGCUCACCGUCAAUCCCGCCGACACCGACUUGACGCGAGUUCCGCUCGAUCGCUGUCUUCCUAGACCCGAUUGGAUCAAAGCCGUCAUCAAUGGCGCGGACGAGAAGUCGCCUCGCUGGCGACAUGUGCUGGUCCUCGGUGGACUGCUGCUCGGCUUUGGUCCUGUGGAGGACGAGAAACUCUCUCGGGGUAUGCGGAGCACUCUCGAGCAAGCCCUGAUAUCUGCAACGAAUCUCGCUUUGGUUGAGAUGGACGAAAGCGAUGAGUUGGCUCAACAGAGCAUCACCUUUGUUCUGAAUCACUGCUUUCCAAUUCUCUCCGACUACGAGAGAAGCCGGCUGGACUACGAUGCUCUUCUUCCGUGUUUGCUGCGCUCAACUUUCCUCUCUGGAGCCGGCUUGGAAUCGGGCUACUUUUUGCGAGGCUUGGAUCGCGAUGUCAUGCCGGUGUCGAACAAUCAGUUUGGCUGGUCGGAACGAUCGGAUUCGUUCCAUCACAUCCGCGAAAAGCUGGCAAGCCCACUCGUCUCUUCUCUUGGUCCUCUGUGCCGUCUAAUAGGACACUCUGUGGACAACGCGAAGCAACCUUGGCUCGUGACUGCAAUCUUGCCUGACUUGGAAGCAUUCGCAAGAACUCUCCAUACGCAGUGGCGGCAGACCCAGCUCUCGGAAGUGGAUCCCGCAGAGUACAGUGUCUAUCUCGACAAAGAGACCUUCAACACGACGACUCCUCAGCUGUGGAAGCUGCUGAAGUCGACGCUUUUUGGAGUGGUGAUUGUGCUCAGAAGCAUCAUUGGAAGGACGUUGAGUGACCCUGCAUUGGCAGGCCCCGAGACUUCACCAAUAAUUGCAACGCAAUCCCUUCAAACGUUACGAAGCUUGUACUUCAUCUCGGCCAGAGCGGGCGCCUCCUCCUUUUCCCAGUACACCUUUGUCAACCUCACCGCCAUGGACAUCCUAUCUGCCUUCCCACUCCAAUCUCAGGCCUUUAUUGAAUCCAUAAGACCAGCAGAACACAAGUCCGGUGUUCCAGAACACCCACUGGACCGCAAUCUGGAUCUCUUCUUCCUGAAUCUCGCGGAGCAUUUUACCCUCGUAUUACCAACGCAGCUAAGCCAGGACCUUUUAAUCCCCGCCGCCUCUCCCUACCUUGCAGCAGGCGGCAACAACAAUCUCCUUCCCAUCUUCGAAGCAGCACACAGCGUCAUGCUCGCCAUCUUCUCCGCCUCCCACAACGCAGAACUCACGGCCAAAUAUCUCCCCUUCUACAUCGACGCCCUCUUCAACUGCUUUCCGCACAACCUCACCGCGCGCCAAUUCCGCCUCGCGUUCAAAACCCUGCUCCGCCUGGCUUCUCCACCCGCCACACUCGCCGCCACGGAACCCAUGCUGUCCGCGACCUUGCUGGAAUUACUCUUCGAUCGUGCGCGCCACGCCUCGACAUAUCCCAUCUUUCCCCUCCCGCAAGACGAGAAUGCCGAGGCUCAGGCGCCGGCGCAACUCUCCGAGCAAGCUGUGGUGGCACUUACCGUCAUCGAUACUCUUCCCGAGCUCCCGCUGGACCUUUUGGAGGAGACUCUGCCCAUUGCCGCGGAGAUGGCGAAUGGCAUUGAGAACGGCAAUACGAGGGAGUAUUGCAAAGAGCAGUUCUGGCAGUCGCUCGUGGGCGGAGAGAUGGAUCCUGAUCGAAGUGAGCUGUGCCAUGCUUGGUGGAGUACGAGAGGUGGGCGAGACUUGCUUCUUUUUGGUGAAAGAGCGGAGGCGCGGGAUGAUUUGAAGAUGAGUGGUGCACUGCCCGAUGAACCACGAGAGCACAAGUUGUGA